GUGGACCAGUCACGUCGUUGCUGCCGAGGUUUGACAAAAGUGGACAGUGAACUGGACCUUCUGUUGGUGUCAGAUGGCCAUUCGCGUUUUUAAAGAGUGUCAACACGGACUGUGUGGUUUGUAACCGCUGAGGCAGAUGUGGCCGCAGCUGGCGCUGAGCAGCAGCAUGGCAACAACAACUCUGGUCUCCAUGUGCAUCAGGACAGUAGCUCGGAACAUGGAUGUGCUGGAGAAGCGCGUCUGUGAUUUGCCAGCUUCACUUCUCAAAGACCUGUUGCCUCAUCUGAACAUGUUCUACCUGGACAGAAUCGAAAAGGUUGCUCUUCUGAAAAGAGUCUCCGCGUCGCUCCAGGUCGCAUGGGCAGCAAAAUGGAGGGAUUUGAAUCGAACAUGGCGUUGCAAAUUAAAGUUUAUGCAGCCUGAGGAGAACUGGAAGCAGAAGUGUUUGGAGAGUUUGUUUCACAUGGUCCUGUUGAGGAACUCGGAAGUGCACAACAUCCUUACGAACCUGAGCGAAUAUGCGGUUCUGAGCAUGUCGGCUGAACACGUGCGGGUGCUUUCUCUUACCGUUGCGGGACGAGGUGGCUGCCGGCUGGCUUCGGAGGAGCUUCGUCCAAUUCUGUCCAUUCUGGAGGAGCGAGUGAGGUGCCUCCGAUUGUUCGAUGCCAUGGCUCUUCUCAAACAGGGACGCAAGGACGUUUUAUUUGUUCUUCACCGUCUUGUCGACCACGGCUCUGUAACUGAGGUGGUUCUGAAGAGAGCUCCCGAUUACUUUCUACUCAGCUGGAUCACUUCCAGAUGUACGCGACCGCCUCAGACCGUCCCUCAGGCUUCAGCAGCUCCAGAUACUUGGGACAACCUUCGUAAUGAAGAUCUUUGGGCCGAGGAGGGCCCUUCUGCACCCAAAUGUCUUCGUUUGGAUCUGUGCAUGGAUGAGAGGUUGUGCUGCAAGUUUUCUCCAUCAUGUAGCGUUAAUGGACGCUGCCGUGUGGGACAGAUUCACUCGCUGGACCUGGAAGUGCGUUCCCUGGCUACAGUGUCUCGCCUCCUGCCUUCAUGGUUGUGCCUUCAUUCCCUUCAUCUGUAUGGAACUCAGCCCCUUUGGAAGGAUGAUGUGGCUGAUUUCGUCGAGUCCCUGAAAAAGCUUUUCCUGAACCCCUGCUGUUCCCUGAGGGAGCUGAGCAUGGGUAAUGUCUGCAGUUGGAAUCUCUUAGCCAGACUGCUGGCUGCCUGUCCGACACUGCACAGCCUUUCACUAGACAUCAACCUGCCACAGGACAACAGAAUUACACCAGGGCAACCUCUACAGUUCAAACAGGACACAGAACUCUCUCUUGAAAAGCUUUCUUUGAAAUCAACUGAAAUCCAGACUGUAGAGAACUUUCCAUCUGUGCUUCAGCAUGCUCCAAAACUCAGCAACCUUCACGUCGCAGGAAUACGUCAUGCUCACCUGCUGCUUCACACUUUGCCAGAGUCCAGUCCUCUCUUGAAGGUACUAAUAUUGGAAGACAUAAACUUGGCAGACUGUCAUCAAGAAAUUAUAAAUCUUCUAGAGAACUCCAUCCUAGAGGAGUUAUCCUUGAAAGACUGCAGACUGCUUGAGAAAUGUAGAGAGACGAAGGAUUUUCUGGUGCCAUUUGUUGUGGCAGUCAGGGGGCUGUGUUCGCUCCGAUCCCUCUCACUGUGUCAGAACCGACUGGCUACAAGUGCCAUCGAAAUAGCAGAUUUGUUCUUAGGUGACUGCCCCAGCAAAAUAACAAAACUGGACCUCAGCUCAAACUUUAUACUACCUGCUGACCUAUUUGAGUUCGCCCAAAGGAUAGAAACAUAUUGUCCUGCCCAGCGGCUCACACUGGAUCUGCGGUUUAACCCCCUCGAUCGUGACCCUAAGGUGAAAGGUCAAGCUAUGAAGAAGCUCCUCCCCUUCUGUAACAUUCUGACCGAUGACUGGGACUCUAGGUCCACCAUGGCAGACCAUGUGAGUGUGAUGUGAAGAGAGUCGCUGUACUAGCAAAGCUAAUUUUAAGAUAUCCUACAAAGCAGUACAGUGGUAUUUUUAUGUCCUUACUGGUUCUUCGAGGAGUCCACAUUGGCAGGUUAACAUGGUGCACAGUAAAACACAUUUAUUAUUCUACCUGCCAGCUGUCAUAUAAGUUUGAGUUCAUUAAACCCAAGUUAAAAGAAUUACCUGCUACAGUCUGUUUAAGGGAAAAGCAACUGAUCAAACUGUAAAAUGUUGUAAAGAAAUCGACCGAGUUACUUAGAGUGGUGGUGAUGGGAACCAGGGGUUGUGGUACUUACAACACAAAUAUAGCCAUUUUAUUUAUUCCCCAAAAGGACCAGUGAACCUGCACAGCUUCUGAGUUUUAUAUGUAAUCUUGAUAACCCCUGGGAUAAACGAAAAUCCGUCUUCUUUUGGGACCGUUUUCCUUACUACACUUUUGAAAGUACAUUUUAGGCCAAAACCGUCCCUCCAGACCAUCAAAAACGAGCAUUAGGUAGCCAAACCACUGCAUGUAAUAAGUGUCUGUACGUUUUUAGAGGUAUUAAACACUUAGAGAUGUCUAGUUCCUGUCAACGCUACUGUGGACAAUUCUGACUCCAUACUCCAGAACACAUUAUUAACAUAGCAUUUCACAUCAUGACAGUUUAAGGGGAAUGGCACUUUUUUUUUAUUCUCUAUAUUUAAUAUAUUUAGAAACAAUCUUCUGAUUGUCAAAAUUUCAAGGCAGCCAGGUCAACUUACUUUCAGUUUAAACACCACAGUGUUCUGUGGUUUACCUAGGGAUGGGCAGUAUGGCAAAAGAAAUCAUGAUACGUACUAGUACUGCUAUGUAACAUCAGCAUCCACAGCCACACUGAAGAGUCUGUGUAUCAGUUGCUGGUAAUUGUUCCAUUUUUUAAAUAAUUCAUCCCAGCACUUCUCAUCCAGUGCCAUUCUUCCUGUACUGUAGGUGGUUUACAACAAAACGAUGAGAACCGUUUCAGGUUUUAUGCUGUGUUUGAAAGCCAGACUCUAUGAGUUUGCAGUUUGUAGUGGUGAUCCUGAAUUCUGGGAUAACUCUACAGUUUGUCUUUCUAUAAAAGAUGUGUGUUAACUUGACUUAAUGUCUCAUGCAUAUACUAAAUAUUUGGAAUAAUGAUUGAAAAGCUGACUAACAUGCCUGUAUUAUAGUGACAUUGCAAUAAAACAUUUCUAAUAUUCAGA